CUUCCUUAAAGCUAACUUACGCAGGGGUAAGAUAGUAAAGCAUGUAACCCACCUAGCACCACUGCCUCCACUCAACCUGAGACUGUCGCAGCUGGAGGAAGAAGAAGGCUCAAGAGAACCCAAAAAGACCCAGACUUUUCAGAGCUUCUUGUUCCCUAGCGAACAGCGAUUCUUUCCCAAGUCUAGCACUGAGAUCGAAGAGACAUAUCAAUGGCGGACCACGAGCAGCCAAUUGGGGCCGUCGGGAGGCGGCGGAACCGAGGAGCUGAGGCGUCGGCGCGUGCCGGAGCCCUCGAGCGCCUGAAAGCUCUUCGCCAUGGCGGCCGCCGAUCCGAAGCUGGUGGGUUCCAGAUCAAGAUGGAGAACCCGAUUUACGACACGGUCGGUGACGACGAGUAUGACGCGCUUGUCGCGAAACGACGCGAAGAGGUUCGAGGUUUCAUUGUCGACGACGAUGGCCUGGGGUAUUGCGAUGAGGGCGAGGAAGAGGAUUGGACCCGGGCUGGGCCGUCGUCCGAUGAGUCUGACGGCGACGAUAGGCCGAAGAGGAGGAGAUCCGAGAAAAAGGAUAAGGACAAGGAGAAGGAGGCUCGGCCCAAAAAGCCCAAUUCUUCGCUUACGGCUGCGGCGGCGAUGAUGGGGAAGCAGAGGCUGUCUUCGAUGUUUACUUCAUCGGUGUUUGGGAAAACUAGAGAUAAUGAGAGGGGGAAAGGGUUGAACUGCGAUAGUAUUGUGGAUGAUGUGAUUGCAGAGUUUGCGCCUGACGAGGAAGACAGAGAGAAACGGAGGAGGGGGCAUUCGAACAAGAGUUUCAUGCCGAUUUCUUGUGUUAAGAGUGAGAGAGGGUCUGAUGGUGGUGUUGGUUUAACAAGGAGGGCUGAAUUGGAUGUAGUUGUUGCAAAUGGUAGUGAUUCUGUGCUGAUUAAUGAAGGGGCUAACGAAAAUGAGGCCAAGAAGGACUUGGGUUUUGAACUUGAUGAUCCUCCAAGUGAGCAAACUCAUAAUGUUUCAGAAAAUGGAGGGGUAAUUGAGGAGAAAAGGGUGGAUUUUGUUGAGGAGAAAGUGGAAGCUGUGGUUAAGAAGGAAGAGGUUUUUACAUUGAAUGCGAAGAUUAAGGAAGAUAAUAAGGACCCGGCAUUGAGCGCUAUGGCUGGAUGGAAGGCAGUGAGAACUGGAGGGGAUGGGGAUAUUUGUAGUGGUACUGUGGAAGUCAACAGUGGCUCAAAUGGUGAAGAGACUUCAGAUUUUGAUCUGGAAGAAGAUGGGUCACUGCCUUUUUACAUGCUUGAUGCUUACGAAGAGUUAUAUGGAGCUAAUAUAGGCACCCUUUAUCUAUUUGGGAAGGUAAAAGCAGGAAGUACAUACCAGAGUUGUUGUAUGGUUGUAAAGAACAUGCAGAGAUGUGUCUAUGCAAUUCCAGACAGUUCUGUAUUUCACACUGAUGAAAUGAUGAAGCUUGAAAAGGAUGCUGAAGAGUCAAGGAUUUCUUCCACAGAUUUCCGUAAGAAGCUGCAUGAUGUGGCUUCAGGUUUGAAAAAUGACAUAGCAAAGAAGUUGUUGGAUCUCAAUGUAUCAAAUUUUAGCAUGGCACCGGUUAAGAGGAAAUACGCAUUUGAGCGAUCUGACAUACCUGCAGGAGAGAAUUAUGUACUUAAGAUCAAUUAUCCAUUCAAGGAUCCCCCACUUCCAGCAGAUCUAAAAGGCGAAACUUUCUGUGCUCUUCUAGGAACUCAUUGCAGCGCGUUGGAGCUUUUCCUUGUUAAAAGGAAGAUAAAAGGGCCUUCCUGGCUAUCAGUUUCAAAGUUUUCUGUCUGCCCAGCCCCAAAACGGGUGAGUUGGUGCAAGUUUGAGGUGAUAGUUGAUUCUGCAAAAGACAUAGGGGUUUCAAAUUGCCCAAAGAAAACUGCAGAGAGUCCCCCAGUGGUUGUAACUGCAAUAAGUUUAAAAACUAUUAUCAACCAAAAGCAUAAUGUUAAUGAAAUUGUCUCUGCAUCUGUUAUCUGCUGUCACAAGGCCAAGAUUGACACUCCCGUGUUGACCUCAGAAUGGACAAGACCUGGUAUGCUGAGCCAUUUUACUGUUAUCCGUAAGCUUGAUGGAGGCAUAUUUCCAAUGGGAUUCACUAAAGAGGCUACGGAUAAGAACUCUAAAGCUGGAUCAAAUGUUUUAAGCAUUGAAAGCAGUGAAAGGGCUUUGCUAAACCGUUUGAUGAUUGAAUUAUACAAGUUGGAUAGCGAUGUUCUUGUUGGACACAAUAUAUCUGGGUUUGACCUGGAUGCCCUUCUCCACAGAGCUCAGGUUUGCAGAGUGCCAAGCAGCAUGUGGUCCAAAAUAGGCCGCCUCAAGCGUUCUGUGAUGCCUAAGCUUGCAAAAGGAAGCACCAUUUUUGGGUCUGGAGCAAGUCCAGGGAUCAUGGCCUGCAUUUCUGGUCGCCUUUUGUGUGAUACAUACUUGUGUUCCCGUGACUUAUUGAAGGAGGUUAGCUAUUCUUUGACACAACUUGCAAAGACUCAGCUGAACAAAGACCGAAAGGAGAUCAUGCCACAUGAUAUUCCCAGAAUGUUUCAAAAAUCAGAGUUUCUCAUGGAACUUAUUGAAUAUGGAGAGACAGAUGCAUGGCUGUCUAUGGAACUCAUGUUUCAUUUGAGUGUUCUUCCCCUCACACGCCAGCUGACUAAGAUAAGUGGUAACCUGUGGGGAAAAACUCUACAAGGUGCUAGGGCACAAAGAGUAGAAUAUCUUUUACUGCAUGCUUUCCAUGCAAAGAAGUAUAUUGUUCCAGACAAGUAUCCUCAUCCAAAAGAAACAAAAUUGACAAAGCGGAGAAUAGAUAAUGGUUCUGAUGAGAGAAAUGUUGAUGAGUUGGAUGUAAACGAUGUAAAUAUUGAUAGUGAUGCACAUAGUGGUCAUGGAAAAGGCAAAAAAGGUCCUGCCUAUGCAGGUGGAUUGGUCUUGGAGCCAAAGAGAGGUUUAUACGACAAGUAUAUAUUACUUCUGGACUUCAAUAGUCUUUACCCGUCUAUUAUUCAGGAAUACAAUAUAUGCUUCACAACAGUGGAGAGAUCUCAGGAAGGAUUGGCUCCUCGUUUGCCAUCUAGUAAGACAACUGGACUUCUACCUGAGUUGUUAAAAGAUCUAGUUGAAAGGAGGAGAAACGUGAAGAAAUGGAUGAAGACUGCAUCUGGUCUCAAGAUUCAGCAACUUGACAUUCAACAGCAAGCUCUAAAGCUGACUGCAAACAGUAUGUAUGGAUGCUUGGGGUUUUCAAACUCGAGAUUUUAUGCAAAACCACUGGCAGAGCUUAUAACACUGCAAGGGAGGGAGAUUCUACAAAGUACCGUUGAUCUUGUUCAAAACAAUUUGAACUUAGAGGUAAUCUAUGGUGAUACAGAUUCAAUAAUGAUUUACAGUGGACUGGAUGAUAUUGCGAAAGCAAAAGCAAUUGCAUGGAAAGUCAUCCAAGAGGUUAACAAAAAGUACAGAUGUUUAGAAAUUGAUCUUGACGGUUUGUACAAGAGAAUGCUGCUUCUCAAGAAAAAGAAAUAUGCAGCUGUAAAGGUGCAAUUCAAGAAUGAGACACCAUAUGAGGUUAUUGAACGUAAGGGCCUCGAUAUGGUUCGCCGAGACUGGAGCUUACUUUCAAAGGAACUGGGAGAUUUCUGCCUAAGUCAGAUUUUGUCAGGAGGGUCAUGUGAGGAUGUUGUUGAAUCAAUUCAUAACUCUCUGAUUAAGGUGCAAGAGGACAUGAGAAAAGGACAAGUCGCCCUUGAGAAAUAUAUCAUCACCAAGACAUUAACUAAACCACCUGAAGCAUACCCAGAUGCCAAAAACCAACCACAUGUUCAAGUGGCCCAAAGAUUGAAGCAAAGUGGUUAUUCUACGGGUUGCUCUGUUGGCGAUACAGUCCCCUAUAUCAUUUGCUGUGAGCAGGGGACCGGUUCAGUUAAUUCAACUGGUAUUGCUCAACGUGCUAGACAUCCUGAUGAAUUAAAACGAGAAGAUGGGAAAUGGAUGAUUGACAUUGAUUACUACUUGGCCCAGCAGAUUCAUCCUGUGGUAUCACGUCUUUGUGCUUCAAUUCAGGGUACCAGCCCCGAACGCUUAGCUGAUUGUUUAGGGCUUGACUCUUCUAAGUUCAAAGUUAAUUCAAGUGAAGCUGUCAGGGACGACCCUACCAGCUUGUCCCUUGCUGUUGACGAUGAAGAGAGAUAUCAGGGUUGUGAGCCUUUGAUCUUGGCUUGUCCUAGCUGCUCUGGUACUUUUGAUUGUCCAUCUAUCUUGAAUUCCAUUUCGAAGUCAAUCACUGGAAAGUCAACAAGGCCACAAGCUGAGGAAUCUACCAUCGAUUUUUGGCAUAAACUGCGUUGUCCAAAAUGUCCAGGGGAAGGUGAUGUGGGCAGACUGUCUCCUGCAAUGAUAGCCAACCAGGUGAAAAGGCAAGCAGACAGUUUUGUUUCAAUGUACUAUAAGGGCACAAUGACGUGUGAUGAUGACACUUGCAAGUACAACACACGAAGUCUCAAUCUUCAGCUUGUUGGUGAUUCUGAGAGAGGAACAGUUUGUCCAGACUAUCCUCGCUGCAAUGGACGUCUUGUAAGAAAGUACACGGAAGCAGAUCUGUACAAGCAGCUCUCAUUUUUCUGCCAUGUCUUGGAUACAGUACGCUGCAUUGAAAAGAUGGAGGCUAGCACUAGAUUGCCACUAGAAAUGGAGUUGGCCAAAAUUCGGCCGAUUGUGGAUUUGGCUGCCUCAACAGUUCAAAGGAUUCGGGACCGUUGUGCCUACGGAUGGAUACAGCUGCAAGAUUUUUGUGUUACAGUUUAGAUUGUUAGGUUUUGCAGAUCUCUGCUGGUUAAGUUCACUUCAUUUUCUUCUUUGGCCAUUCAUGUAUAUAUUAGAAACAGAAUUAUUUAUCGGGUGGCCAUUUGCUCAGCUAAAAAGUCGGGAUGAAAUCCUGUUUUGCUUGGUAGGUUCUCGCGCAGCAAUGUUUAUGUGCAAUCAGAGCCUGUAAUCUCACAGCACUAUUGUAUAAAGCCAUGCAUUACAAGUUCACAACUUUUCUUAACAAA